GCAAGGCAAGAGGCUGUUCGUCCGUCACCUGCUGAAAUGAUGCUUAAAUUCACCUGUCUUCUGGGAUUGCUGGUCUGCGGCAGUCAAGCUGUACUUCAGGUGUCAAUAUCACUCAAUAAAGUGGAAUUAAGUGUUGGAGAAUCCAAAUUCUUCACCUGUACAGCCAUCGGUGAGCCAGUUAGCAUAAACUGGUUCAACCCUCAAGGCGAGCGAAUUAUUUCGAACCAGCGAGUGGUCGUACAUACAGAAGGAGUGCGUUCCAGACUCACAAUCUACAACGCCAUCAUUGAGGAUGCUGGGAUUUACCGAUGCCAGGCCACAGAUGCUAAAGCACAAACCCAGGAGGCCACAGUGGUAUUAGAGAUUUACCAGAAGUUAACGUUCCGCGAGGUGAAAACGCCACAGGAGUUUCGUCAGGGUGAGGACGCUGAAGUCAUCUGUGAUGUCAUCAGCUCACCUGUACCUGCCGUUUCCUGGUUCUACAAGAACAGAGAGAUAACAUCUGAAACAACCAGCCGUCUGCAAGUUCUUCCUACCAACAACCUUCGGAUCCUGAGAGUGAGUAAAGCGGAUGAGGGUGUGUAUCGCUGUGAGGGGCGUGUGGAAGCCAGAGGAGAAAUCGAUUUCAGAGACAUUGUUGUGCUAGUGAACGUUCCACCUGUUCUAUCAGUGCCGCAGCAGUCCUUUAACGCCACCGCAGAUUACCAAGAGACUGUGACCUUUACCUGCAUCACCUCGGGCUCCCCCGACCCUCAGGUGACCUGGUACUGGAAGGGUCAUGAGAUCGAGCGAUCAGAGCAGUAUGUAUUGAACACUCUGGAUGGGGGUAAAAGCACGCUGACCAUUAAAAACAUUCGCCAGGGCGAUGGAGGACCGUAUACCUGCCGAGCGAGCAACAAGGCUGGGAGUACAGAGAGACAAAUGAUUCUGAAAGUGUUUGUUCAGCCUCACAUCACUCAGCUGAGGAAUGUUACGGCGGUAGAGGGCAGUGCCGCUAUGAUCUCGUGUACAGCUGAAGGUGAACCGCUGCCUGAGAUCUCCUGGAGAAGAACCAGUGAUGGACAGACCUUCACAGAUGGAGAUAAGAGUCAGGAUGGGCGUGUGGAAGUUCGUGGACGGCAUGGAAAGUCCAUGUUGACCAUCAGUGGGGUACAACUCUCAGACUGGGGUCGGUUCGACUGUGAAGCUCUCAGCAGGAUUGGAGGACAUCAGAAGAGCAUGUUCCUGGAUAUUGAAUAUGCACCAAAGUUCCAGACCAACCAAACCAUCUUCUACUCCUGGGAGGGAAAUCCAGUGAACAUCAGCUGUGACGUGAAGUCCAACCCUCCAGCGACCAUGCUGUGGAGAAGAGAUCGCUUCACCAUCUCCAGUCCAGGGACUAGUAACAUACGCAUUCAUACGGCAGAGGGACGAUCGAUUCUGGAGGUCACUCCGAUGUCCGAUAGGGAUUUUGGACGGUACAACUGCACAGCACGAAACAACAUCGGCGCUCGAUACCAGGAGUUUAUAUUAGCACAGGCAGAUGUUCCAUCGAAUCCGUACUCAGUGAGCCUCACCGCCGUCUCCCAGCGUCUCGCCACCGUUACCUUCCUGAAACCUGACUCACACGGAGGCGUUCCCAUCAGCUAUUACAUUGUCAAUUACAAAGACACAAGCUCUCUGGAUUGGAGGACGAUGAGAUCACAUGGAGUUCAGACCACAGUCAUUCUGGCUAACCUAGAGCCCAACACGACGUAUGAGGUGCGAGUCGCGGCCGUCAAUGGAAAGGGACAGGGAGAAUUCAGCCACACAGAAACAUUCCAGACGCUACCCAUACGCGAGCCAAGCCCACCUACAGUGCACGGACAGAGGGGGGUCGGGAAGGCCUACAGAUUGGGACUCAUCAAACAGGAUGAUGGAGGAAUGCCGAUUGUAGAGUACAUUGUCAAAUACAAAACGGAUAAAGAGGAACAGUGGAUGACCAAGUUGGUUCCAGGCAUGAAUGACUUCACUUUACUGCAGCCGCUUCAGUGGAACACGCGCUACAACGUCGAGAUCACAGCGAGGAACGUGAAAGGCUUGUCAGAACCCACAUUCUUCCAGUUCCUCAUGCCUCAGAAACCAGACAUAACAGCAGAUUCUCUGUUCAGUGGUCUCGGUCUGGGUGCUGUGGUGGGUCUUGGGGUGGCCGGUCUGAUUCUCCUGCUGGUUCUGGUGGACAUCAGCUGCUUCUUCCUGCGUCAGUGCGGUCUGCUCAUGUGCAUCACCCGCAAACUCUGCAGCAAGAAAACGGCCACCAGCGGCAAGAGUAAAGAACUUGAGGAGGGCAAAGCAGCUUACCUGGGUGAUGGGUCAAAGGAUCCCAUCAUGGAGGUCAGAGGUGAAGAGGAGAGAGUAACUAAUCCGGACGACGGCAGUCCAGUACACGAGCCGAAUGAGACGACUCCUCUAACAGAGCCCGAGAAACUCCCUCUUAAAGAGGAAAACGGCAAGGAAGUGCUGAAGCCAGACUUAAUCGAGAUCAAGGUGCACACCGACAACAGCAUCCACACAACACAGGAUGACAGCAAAGCAUAAGACAUUCCCGGCCCAAACAAACUGAGACCAAAAAUACAGAAAUGAGAAAAUAUGACAAAUUAAAAAGAAAAGAAGCUUGAGGGAGAAUCUUCAAACAGGGCGACUAAUUAAGGGCUCGGAGAUGGGCAUGUAAAUAUGUGAAAAUACAGAGAGAGAGAGUUGCAUUUUUUUGUGAUAAAUCUACUGUCCUUUCUAUUCAAGAUGGCUCCAGCACUUAUGUUUCGUUGGCAUUUCUGUCUCUGGCCUUUUGCUUUUUAGUAGAACCACAGAAAGUCUACUUUGUCCUCGAAAAUGGACUCACCGUUUGAAUUUCCAAGAUUUUUCAGGCAUGUCCAGCGUGAAAUUGACCCUAUGAGACGGUACAUCUUAUUAUAGUCUUGAUUAUGUCAGCGUGUUGGAAUGUUAUCCAUAUACGUUUGAAGAUGUUAUCGGUUUUAGGGUUACAGCUUUCAUCAAGCGUUUGUCCAUUUUGACGUCAUGAAAAGCCCUCUUGAGUUUUUAAAGCGUUGGUGGCGUAUCAAACGAAACUGACUUUGUUGUAAAACGACGUUGUAGAUUGAAUUCCUUCUACUGCCAUAAUGCCAGAUGAAAUGCCCUUUAGCGGUUUAAUUUAUGCUAAUAAAUGUACAUAUGUGUGAGUGUAUGUGAGUAUGGCCAGAAACGUACUUUACGCAAGAAGUGAAUGCCUCCGUUGUCGCAUUAAAUAUACCUAAUGUGCAUUAUUGCGUUACUGUGGCGCUAGAAAAACUCAGUCCUCAAGGGGGCGAUAACAUUUCCUUUAAAUGUCUUGUGCGACCCCAAGUCCUUCUAUGCGGACAUUGUAUUUUGUCUUUGCUAUAUGCAGCGCAUAAUUUAAAUUCAUUUAAACUGACUGAUCUCAGUUCAGGAGAUUCUGUGCUGUCAGUAAAAGGUUAAACUUUUAACGUGCAGAGUCAUGUGACAAAACAACAUGGCGCAGACCACAGCGGAGUUUGUCUUUGGGAGAAAUGGCAACAAAACUGCAUCUGGUAAGAAAUCUUUUUUUUUUCUCCCCGUUUUCUCCCCAAUUUGGAAUGCCCAAUUCCCAAUGCGCUCUAAAUCCUCAUGGUGGCGUAGUGACUCACCUCAAUCCGGGUGGCAGACGACGAAUCUCAGUUGCCUCCGCGUCUGAGACCGUCAAUCCGCACAUCUUAUCACGUGGCUUGUUGAGCGCGUUACUGCGGAGACAUAGCGUGUGUGGAGGCUUCACGCUAUUCUCCACGGCAUCCACGCACAACUCACCACGCGCCCCACCGAGAGUUAGAACCACACAUUAUGGUGACCACGAGGAGGUUACCCCAUGUGACUACCAUCCCUAGCAACCGGGCCAAUUUGGUUGCUUAGGAGACCUGGCUGGAGUCACUCAGCACUCCCUGGAUUCGAACUCGCAACUCCAGGUGUGCAUUCACCACGCGCCCCACCGAGAGCAAGAACCACACAUUAUGGCGACCACAAGGAGGUUACCCCAUGUGACUUUACCCUCCUUAAGUUAAGUCAUUCACUAAAUAGGGAGCAAGGGAGCAUCCUAUAGCUCUCUAUGCAGCUAAGUGCAUUCACUCCUAAAAUCUGAUCAAAAGUUCAGUUUCAGGCUGCAGAUGAUGUUUGGAUCACUCAACAUGUUUGACAGACAUGUGACAAUGAUAAUCAGUACAUAGAUUCAGAAUUUAUAAUGUAUCAUUUUAUUUUAACAUGGUUGGCAGUGUCACACUCGGGUCUCAGGAUGUUAAACCAGAGUUAUUAUUCAGAUAGCUAGCUAAAAACAUGUCGACAGUUUAACUUUCUUUAACUAACUCUCUCAGCGAGAUUUAACUCAAAAUUUUGCUUCAUCAUGACAGUAGUUAACUUAAAAAGAAAUUGACUGUCGAAAAACACAGUUUGCACGAAUUUCCACUAUCACGUCCAUUGUGGCAGCACUGAGAAUUCAAGUCGUACUUACGUUGCAUUAUGAAUUGCGUUUUGACACAUUUUAUUACGCAACAACACUUGAAAUCGAGCCUGUGCUUUCUCGCAUUUGUGUAGAGUGUCAUCUUGCUUGUAGAUUAUCGAAGGUAACUCUGUCACCCUCUAGAUUACUGAGAAUUUUUCUGCAGCAGUAACAUAUGUACAAACUGACCAUGCGGUUGCAAUGUGUUAGCUAAGCAUUUGCGUUUUCGUACUUGCAUUGAGUAUGUUUUUGGCCUAAUUUGUGAUCAAGGCAAAGUUUACCACUUGAGCCACUUUAGUUAUUAUAUUUGAUAUAUUUUACUAUGGUUCACACCUGUUUGUACAUACAGGAGUAUUAUGUCGUCUUAUUGUAAAAAAGUGUUUCCCAGAAAACUAGAAAUAAUGUUCCAGAUCAGGUCGACUCUUUUCAAUGGGUAUCCGCAAAUAUGCGCAAAUGUGAGUGAUAUUUGAGAGCUACAGAAGAAAGAUUUGGAAAGACAUAAGGGUGCAUAAAUGAUGAUACAGUGGCAAGAAAAAGUAUGUGAACCCUUUGGAAUUAGCUGGUUUUCUGCAU